GUAAUAUAGACUGUUACGUUUAGGUUGCUUCGAAGAAAAAUGGUAAAACUCAUCGUAGCUGCCUUGCUGACCGUUUCGGUGCUGACCGUUGCGGCGGAAAAGCAGAAGCAGUGGAUCGACCGGGACGACGUCUACUGCGGCCAUAUUGACUGCACCAAGCUGGCCAGCUUCAAGGGCGAGAAGUUCUGCAGCCCGUGCGACACCGACCACUACUGCGAGUGCAAGGAGACGCUCGAAUCGCUGCCGUACAUGUACAAGUGUCCCGGAGCUGGCGCCUGCCAAACCACCGACAAGCGUGGACCCUGCCGGCGCACGAUGGACGACGACCUGUGCAGCCACAUCGACGAAGCGUAUCGCUAUCUGUAGCGCGUCGAGAAGUGAAACUCUUGAAAGUAGCAAUAAAGCCUUAGUGAAGGACUUAUCUUAUCAUCUCGUCCCAUGAUGAAUUCUGCGGAAAAAUCUUCCACAGGUCAAGUUUCAAUCUCUUUCCGGCUAAUCCAAAACGAAUUCGCGUUUCAUUGCUCAAGUUCUAAGUAAGUUCAAAUCAAACCUUUCAAUAUCUCUUUUGCACUUCUCCAGAAAAGAAGAGAAAAAGGUUCUAUACGCAUUGAGA